AUGUGUGAAACAAACGAUUCCCUGCCCGUCGGUGCCCGAGUUUGGCCACCUUGCGAUAGUUCCGCAGCCUCUGACAUUGACGAGGUCUGGGACGACAGUGAGCUGUUGGCCCACUACGAGGAAGUUGAACUGCAAGUUCGGGCGCAGGUGGAGGCUUUCCGUGCCGGCAGAGCCGCUGCCCCCUCGAGACGGCGGCGAAAGAAUCAUACAAACCGUACCAAGCGGAAGGAGAAGCCUAAACUUGAAAUGCCAGGCUCGCCUCUUGGUGACAUCAACACCGCCUCCUCCUCCUCCUGUCCCCUCGAUGAGCAACAAGCAGCCGAUCCUACAGCCGCGGCUUCUGGUCUCUCUCCUGUUUACCCCUGGAUUUUACCUAGCGUGGAACUACCCUCGGAGUUCCUCACCCUUCAACAAUCCGCGUAUACAAGUCAGUGUUGCAGGCUCUCAGCCAAGAUCUACUUUUCUGUAGGAUUCGGGCUCGUUAUAGUAUGUGGCAGUGUUGACCUCCCCUGCCUCUAUAUAUUUGAGAAGAUCGUGGUGCCUCUGUAG